UUCCUCUCUCUCAUACUGACUCGCUCACUCACUCACAGCUGCAGAGAGAAGCAGCGCAACACACGCCGUACAGAAGCAGCACUCAGAUGGUGCGCGUCUCGCAACUUAACAGCGUUUCAACACGGAAUCAAACUUAUGGACUUGAGAGAAAAGUCUGUUCAAGAUUGUCAUGUGUUUUACAUUGAUAUGCGUAAAAUGGAAAACCAACUGUUUCCAGGAUCCUAACACAACAUCGCAACGAAUUAGCUCGUGGUGAUAUCCACUGGAAGGACUAAAGACGCGCCACGCACGGUCACCUUCGCUGUUGAGGAGACUUGCGAGAGGACCCCGAGAACAGCGUCUGCUCCGUAACACCAAAACGUUCCAGCAGUUACGACCGAACCGGAUCCCGCAGAUCAAUGAAGAAUGCGCGAGCAAACGCACAGUCGAUGAAGCCGGCGGCGGGAUCAUGCGUGUUCUGCCCGAGCCGAGCGCGCAGUCACUGCGGCUGGUAUUUCUCUUCGUCUUCGUCAUGGAUGUAGCGCCGUCCCCGGCUCUGACCGCCGGCUGCCCGGACCGCUGCGUGUGCGACGACCAGCUGGUGGUCCAGUGUGCCGGGCAACAGUUAAGCGACUUCCCCGUGGACCUCCCGCUGGCCACCCGGCAGCUGAUCAUCUCCAAUAACCGGAUCGGCGACCUGCCGGCGCUGCAGCUCAACUACCUGUCGGACCUGGUGUACCUGGACUGCAGCAACAACUCGUUGACGGAGAUCUCCGAGUCCACCUUUGGAAACCUGCGCAAGCUCGCCUACCUGGAUCUGUCUUUCAACAGCCUGGCGCAAAUCGAGGACCGGACGUUUGGCCCGCUGGCCAGCCUGGUGAUGUUGAGGAUGACUGACAACCCGGGGCUGUCGGAGAUCCAGCCGGACGCGUUCGCGGAGAACGCGGCGCUGCAAGUGCUGGACGUGAGCCGCAACAACCUGACGGCGCUCAACAUCAGCUCGUUGAUCGCGCUGCCCGCGCUGCGCUCUCUGGGACUCAGCGGGAACCCCUGGAGAUGCGACUGCGACACGGAGGACCUGUGCCUCUGGGUCCAAAUAGAGGGCUUCAAGUUCCAAGAUGAGGGGCAGACGGUGUGCCAGGGUCCCCCGGACAUGCUGGGUCAGCGUCUGGCGGAGGUGGGCAUGCAGCUGCGGUCAGAAUGCCACCAGGGCUUGGGUUACUGGGACUACCUGUUCUUCAUCGCCAUCGGCUUCGUCAUCUUCAGCGCCGGGACAGUGUCGGCGUGGGUGAUGGGCGUGCUCAUGGUUCUGUACGAGCGGUACAGCAAGAGGAAGAGCGAGGAGCUCGACAGCGACGAUGAGGAGGAGACAGUCAUUCGAGGGGCGGGAUGUGGUGGAGGAGGAGGAGGAGGAGGAGGAGGAGGAGGAGGGGGUAACCAUGGCAAUGGGGACCUGAGCAAACCAGGCAUGCAGGUGUGACCAGAGGACAGAGAGGGACGCUGGGAAAUAUUUGAUGAACAGACAGCAAGCUGCGGACAGAUUCGCAAAGGAGUUUUCUUUUCUAUAAAGAGGUUUUAAGUGCACUUUUUAGAAUGUGUCAACAUUAGUUUUAGUUUAAGAGAAGAGAAGGGCAGGACAGACAGAUUAGAUUUAUUUCUAUUCUCAUAGGUGGGAAAAGGACAGACAGAGAGAUCGUUGAGUGGGUCACAGUGAACUGUGGUUUUGACAGAUCUGGGGUUGGUCUUGGAUAAGUAAUGCUCUCACACACACAACGCUCUCCCCAGUGUUAGUAAUGUAGUUGGGGCAGGGUGACAGCACUGUGUUUCACAGUAAUGAGAGAGACAGCGAGAUAGAAGGAAAAUGGAAAAAGAUGGAUAAGGUAGAGAGGCUUGAAAACUAAUCCAGUGACCGAGCUAGAAAAUAAAAGCUGAGAUGGUUUAAAGAAAGGAAUAUAAAUAUACAAGGCAGUCUCUCCAGACCCAUGCAGUGUGAAAUGAACGAAUGGAAGACGGACGACUCUUCUAAACUGUCUGCGCAACUCCAUGGAAAGCUGCAAAUGCUUUUUUAAGGGGUCACAGACUGACUGACUGCUCAGAUGAUGGAUUGAGAACAUUAUAUUGCAGGGCUUAACAAUAAGGCGGGCAGGCGAGUAAUUUU